GACAAUACGCUAGCGGUGUAAAGCCUUACCCGCCUGGCUCAACAGGAUAUCGGGUCUCAACGGUGUUCACAACGAUGGUGGUCAUUGCUACUGCUGCGACAGCCUAUGCACUCUAUGACUUCUACAGCGCUGCCACGACAUAUCCCAAAAGUAUCAGGCCAGAGCUCAGAAGAGCAAUAAAGGCAGAGCACGACAGGCCAAAAUCUGCAGCCCGAUGGUACCGACAAGCGUGGGAGGCCGCACGCAAGCUGGACGCAUCGGAACUCGGCAGUUCAUGGCCGAAGAAGCUCUCAGGUCUCGCGAUUGCUCUUGCAACAAGACUUGAAGGCAACAAAGAAUUCUCAGAGGCGCUCCAGGUGAUGCACACCGGAUGGCAGGAUCUCGAGGAGCCAGCGAAGACAGAUCCGGAGAUGCGAGCGCGCAGGGUGGCCAUGGCGAGCAAGAUGUCAGAUCUAGCCGCUGCUGUAGGCGAUGCCGUGAUUGAAGAGGAAUGGGCCGUCUGGGCAGUAGAGGAGGUGCUUAGAGCCGGAAUUGAGGAGAAAGGUAAGGAGAAGGAGAAAGAGAAUGCAGACGAUGAGGACCUUGCGCUGCCAAAAUGGGUCGGCAAGGCGGAAACUGCGAGUCUACUAGAGAGGCUGGGGUCGAUUUAUGCCAGGCAAGGACAUGCCGAAUAUGCUGUCCCUCUUUACCUCCAAGCCCUUGGAGAAAUGCCUCUUCAAGUAUCACCGAAAAAUUCGUUCUUCUCAACUUCAUCACAACAGGCAACACCCACCUCUCUCUGCCAAGCGGCUGUUCUAUUCAACAACCUCUCCGAGCUGUUCGCCCACCGUGCGGCGCCAAAUACGGCUGAGCUGAAGCAGGCGCUGCAAUGGGGACAUAUGGCAAUCGAGGCACUGAAAGAGGCGAGCAAGAUGGGUUUGAACAACGCGGAGGACCCGGAUGGGUGCAGGAGGACCGGUGUGGUGGUACAGACAAACCAGGCGACACUGAUGGAGGUGCAUGGGGACUUACGAUCUGCCGAGGUGCUCUUCACAUCCGCCCAUAGACUGGCGGACCAGAUACGAUGGGGAGAGGCGCACAAUCAGGCGAUUACGGGCCUCGAACGCGUACAACGAGCACAAAGUAAUUCAUCCUCGAGCCCCACGCCUGGUAAGGAUGCGAGGAAAUGA